UUCUUCUCUGCAGUUGUGGGAGUGGCAGGCCAUGUCUACACCGAACCCGCCUCCCGUCGGCCCUGCCAGGCAGCCGCGCAAGCUAGACGAAGACGAGGUGGGCCUCAUCUCGGUCAUCACUGUCUUUGUCGCCGUCCUCGCCAUGGCGGCCAUUGUCACCUUUCUCGUCGGUUGCUUUCGCUCGUACUUUUACAAGCCGUUCGCCCGCCUCGAGGCCCGCAACGAAGCGGGUCGCCAGCGCCGAUCUGCAUCACGGCGCAAGGGCUCGCGCAAGAGCUCGCGCAAGAGCUCGCACAAGAGCUCGCGCAAGCGCUCGCGCAGGCGCCACAAGGGCCGUCGCCGCAAGCAGGAAGUGUGAGCCGCAUGCUGUGCCGGCCUAUCACCUCAAGUCCACACACUAAAC